AUGUCCCAGAAGAAGCCACCAACAUAUGGUGAUUAUUAUGCAAAACUGUUCACACAAGAACAGCACCAAUAUAACGGAUUCCAAUCCCUAGAAGAUUACAACCAAAAAAACAGCUCCAGGAAUCCCCAUCCAGAAUCUUUCAAUCUGCCUCUGCCACAUAAUAUCUAUUAUAGCUCACCAGAAACUGAUACCGCGCUACAUGACGUUAUCGAUGCCUAUGGGGAAAUGAGCCUGGAUAAGCAACUGCCAUACCAACAUAUCAAUACCAAUGAUCCUUCACCAAUGAUCUACCCUCAAUAUAACCACCAAUUACCACCGCAAAAUUCAUACAAUUCAAGCCCAAUUCUGAAUCCUCCGUACCCAACAAACUCCAUGAUGAUGCCAAUAUUAACCCAUACCAUCGAUGAAAGAGUGAGCAUCGAUAACGAAUCCAUUAGAAACGAGGCAUAUGCCAGCAUAUUUGGGGCCAGUGGCCCAGCGGCCGUAAAUCAAUAUCAACAACCAGAACCAUCACUAAAUCAUACAAUAAAUCAUUCCAUAAAUCGCGAAACUUUUCAAUAUCCCGACCAAUAUUAUGAUAUUCCACAACCGUACCCACAACAACAAAAAAUAGAACACCUAAAACAUCCCAUAUCAUUGAAAGAACCUCGAAAUGGUAACGAAACAGAAUAUUACUCGGCUAAUGAAGAAAGCAUGUAUUUCCCAUCUUCAGGAUAUCGAUAUUCUCAAGACAUAGCCUCAACAAAUUCUGAACAUGGUCAUAACAGCAUGACGGAACAAUCAUUUACUGGUAAAGUGCCACCAUAUCCUGAACAAACCUCGCCCGAAUUUCAAGAUAAUACUAUAAGCAAUUAUCAAGACGCCUCAUAUGUACUGCAAGGGCAACAUACACUCAGAUCUUCAAUGAGAAAAGGACAAAUGUUAACUCAUCUGCAUAGCCAUUCGUCAUCUAUCAGUUCAGAAAUCUCUCAGAAACCCUUGGGUCCAAGAAAGCCUCCUGCCAACAUGUCGAACUCACCAGAUAAAACUACGAGGAUUUCUUCGAGACUUCAAAGUUUGUCCUUGAAUGCACCAAUGAACACCGAAGCGUCAUCUUUCCCAUCACCAAGUCUGGAAACUUACUCUCCUAGACAUCAGAAAUCAGUUUCCAGUAUACCAUCGCCUACUAGAGAAAAAUAUAAGAGAAAAGCUCCGGCAACUAAUGGUGCUGUUCCUCAAAUGAAUUUACCAACCAUCUCUGCACCAUCGACCCCGACUUCAACAGCAAUAGAAGCCAAUAUGUCCGUCACUACUACAAACAAAGUCAUGAAUGAAAUGGCCCAUCAUCCAAAGUUCAUUGAAAAGCAGGACAACAAAACGGUGCUUGUGAAAGAUAGACACAAACUUAAGAAGCUCCAUUACACCCAAUCUGUUAAGGUGAAUAAAAGUGAACCAAACGCCUUCAUUCAAACAACUAAAAAAUCACAUACUUGGAACGAACCUCCAUCUGCGGAAUUUGAAGCCAAGAACGUGUCUGUUACUACCAAAACUACCGCUACUUUGACGGUUGAAGAUAAAAGAAAUUCAAAACUUCCACCAUUGCCAUCCCUCGACCUUCCUUCAUUGCCAUUUUCCUCAAGCUCACUAACGGAUACACAUUUGAAGCAAUGUGUUGAUCUUUGGUCACUCUCUAAACUCUUUAGCUGGUGUAAACUCCUUAAAAUUUGGUUCAAAGAGGCGCUUAUUCCAAAAGACGAGUUGGUGAAAUCGUUGGUGGCACUCAUCCGUCAAAGAUAUUCAAAACUCAGCAAUACUUUAAUAGAAGAUAAUGUUGAUACCAUUAUCGAAGAAUUUGAAAAAAGUGGAUGUAUAUAUUACCAAACACUAUCCCCAUCAACGAAAACUUUUUCGGCUUCCCAAUUGUCCAUGAACUCUGCAGCAUCUUCGAGUAGUGACCUUUUGGUCUAUUUCAAUGAAGAUGCAGAAAUUAAUGGGGUUCUUCCACAACUUGCUUCUUGCUAUUCUACAAAAUUCAACCAUAGGAAAGCUAAUUCGAAUAAGUCUAUCAUGAAGAUAUGUUCCUGCUAUUCAGUUCAUUGCCCUCGUGAGCCGAGUAAAAGACUCGAAGUUCCGCUGCAUUCAGUCAAGGCAGCCCAUAUAAUCACUCAACCAACUGGUAUGCGACCAGAUGGCACUUCAGAACUCGGAUGUGACUGGGUAGAUCAUUGGAAUUUAUCAAAAGAAGAAUUAUCAGAAAUUGAUGAACCAACUUUGCAACGUCAAUCACAUCUUUUUGAUUUGAUUAAGGGCGAACAAAGAGUAGUAACUCAAGGAAGAAUAAUUGUGGAUAUUUACGGAGAAAGUUUUGUCCAUCAGAAACCCCCAUUAAUCCCAUCAACCGAUAAGUUUUAUCAAGACGCAUUUUUAACGGUUGUUCCUAUUGUUGAAACCCACAAAAAGUUUUUGUUGGAGCCAUUAAUUGCUAAACUCAAAACGUCAAAGUUCAUAAGUGGGGUUGCUGAUUUGUAUUCAAAAUGGGUCCACGAGGCAUUUCUUCCUUACUUGAAAUAUGUGGAUCGUAUGGUUGGGGUACGUGAAUUGAUAGAGUACGAGAUUAAUGUGAGGAAAACAUCACGGUUUUCUAGCUGGAUUUCCAAGAUGGAUAAUGAUCCUAGGGUGACGCCAUUUGGCCUCGACCAUGGCCGUUUAUUUGGGCCAGCUUUCCUAGCAGCCACCAUGAAUUUGCCGAUUACUCUUAAGGAGAUUCAGAAAUACACUUCACCGACUGAUCCUGAACACAAAAGAUUGGAUAAGGCCUUGAAAUCCGUUAGAAAAUUGAUCAAUAAAUUCAACACCAUGCAAGACCAUGCGGUGCGGACCAGAGCUCUUAGUAACUUGAAUAAUUCUCUUCUUUGGAGAAGUGGUAAGGAAGUAGAUCUUGAUUGGGAAUCUCAAGAUAGAAGGAUUGUGAAACGUGGUCAAGUGUCCAAGAAACGUGAUAUGUGGCUUAAUUCUUAUUCACAUAUUAUUUUGUUAGAUAAUUAUCUUUUGAUAAGUGACGAAAUUAAAGACUCACCAACUCUGAAGAAAUAUCGAGUGACGGAAACUCCAAUUUCCAUGAAUUUUUUGCUUGUGGAAAUUGAUACCAGCAAGACAUUUGCCGAAAAUUCUGGCGGCAGAGUAGGGACCAAUUCUAGUGAGAUCAGUAAUAAUGACAAUAGCCAAGACCCAGUGAUUUACCCAUUUAAGAUUAGAGAUAUUGGUCACAAUGAAUCAUGGACUUUUUACACCAAUUCUACCAACGACAGGUUUGAAUGGUUGAAUGCCAUUCAAGAAGCCCAAAGUAAAUAUUUUGAACAAGAAAGGAAAAAAGAACCAUUAAAAUUACGGGUGAUAUCUGACGCGGCAUUUGCGUUUGAUAGAGACGAUAUUCCUCAUAAAUUGCCUAUAUACCCAAAAAAUUCCGCUAUCGAUCUUGGGUUGCAAGAAGUAUGGGAGCAGUUUCCUGGUGCUACUCCUCGGCCAUUAAUGUACAGUAAAGUAAAUUCUUCUGAGUCAUUUAACUAUAACAGUCGCGAAUAUACUCUUAUUGGAUGUGGCUACGGGGUUUUUUUGAGCGAUUCUAGUGAGAUAAGAAAUUGGAAAAGAGUCUUGGAAUUAAGAAACGUGACUCAGUUGAAAGUGUUGGAGGAAUUCAAUUUGCUUGUGGUUUUGGCAGACCGGAUUUUACAGUACUAUAAGCUUGAUUCUAUUUUCACAGUAUACAAAGGGGUAAGAAACAAGACUAUUGGCCAGCGACUUUCCAAACAAUAUGUGAGUUUCUUCAAAAUUGGGCAACAGAAAGGGUCUACCUUAUUAUUUUAUUGUAAACAAAAGGUUUCUUCUUCAGGAUGUUUCUUCAAAGUCAUGAUCCCCAAAUUAGAUGAUGCUUCUAACAAUUUUGAAUAUUUUGAAGAACAUCGAAAAUUUAACAUUCAAGCAGAAUGUUACAACCUCACAAUUUUUAACAAUACUUUCUCGAUUCAUACUGUGAAAGGUCUUGAAAUCUUAUCGCUUUCGAUUCUUCAAUCGCAUUCAAUUCCGAUUCUCACCGACCCAAACUCUGGCAACCGUAUUGAAAGCGGUAAUGUGGAAAUCAUCCGCAAGAAGAUUAGCUUGGCAUCAUGUAAACCGAUGGGGCUAUUCAAAAUCAACGAGAACAAGGAACUUUUGCUUGUUUAUAAUGAUUUUGCCAUCAUUUGUGAUAAUCAUGGGAUCUUAUCAAGAUACAGUAUUCUUCAGUUCACGUUUCGAUGCACCAAAGUGGCGUUCCAAGAUGACUUAUUGAUCAUUGCCGGGAAAAACAUCAUUGAAGUAUUCAAAAUUGAUUCACAGACUUGUGUUCCUGGGUUCCAAAAUAAGCCAGUUCAAGUAAUUGGUAGUAAAGAAAUUCUGUUGAUCGAUGAUGCCCCAGGAAAGACCAAGUUUUCGAUGAUUCAUCCAUCGGAAUUGGGAAGACAAUUGGUGGUGGAACUUUUGCCGAAUGAGUAUUAUAAGAGUUGA